AUGGUCAUCGUAGAAACAGAACAGUAUUCAUUGCACGUCCGUGCUGGCGCAGCGCAGCAUUCACCCUCCCCGCAUCAAGCCAACACAACGGUACUCGGCUCGAAGCGCAAGGACGUCGAGGUCGCCCGCAGUACGGGUUCUGUAGUCGCUGUUCAGCCCGACCCAUAUGCCUUCCGCAAUGGAAUUUCAACGGACGAACAAUUGGCUUCAUACAGGAGGAAGAGGUCGGGGAAGCAGCUCGAGACAUACCAUCGCAAGCAAAAUGACUUAAUCACAUCGCUGUUAAAAACUCUCGAAGAGCAUACAGAGGAAGCACGGGUUGAGGAAGAGACGUCUCGACUACCUGUGAAAAUCGCAGUUUGGGCAAGUCUCAUUGGGAACUUCGUUCUCUGCAUUCUCCAGCUAUACGGUGCCAUUUCAUCCGUUUCCCUUUCACUUAUCGCCACCUCCGUCGAUUCUGUAUUUGAUUUUGGAAGCAACGUCGUACUCUAUUUACUACACAAGAAGGCAUUGUCUCUUGACCAUAAUAAAUGGCCAGUGGGUGGCUCAAGACUCGAAACGAUUGGAAACAUCGUUUACGGUUUCCUGAUGAGUUCCGUAAAUCUCGUUGUAGUGGUGGAAUCCGUACAGGAAAUCAUCUCCCACAAGAGCGGCAGUGACACAGACAGCUUUCACAUCCCUUCUAUCGUUGCCGUAGGGGCAGCUCUCGGAGUGAAGCUAAUGCUGUUCUUUUAUUGCCUCUCCCUCCGAAAGCAAUCUAGCCAGGUCCACAUCUUGUGGGAAGAUCAUCGCAAUGAUAUCUUCGUAAAUGGUUUUGGUUUACUUAUGUCUGCCGGCGGUAGCAAAUGGGCAUGGUGGUUGGAUCCCAUGGGUGCAAUUAUGAUCACCGUUGGUGUGAUGCUCGCGUGGGGGUGCACCAUUUACCAGCAAUUUGGGCUCCUUGCGGGCAAGUCUGCGCCGCGCGAAUUUAUUCAGCUGCUAGUGUACAAGGCGAUGACAUUUAGUGAUGAAAUCGAGAAGGUGGACACCGUUCGCGCAUAUCAUAGCGGUCCGGAUCUUUAUGUAGAGAUUGACAUUGUCAUGGACGCAAGUACACCACUUUGGAAGGCGCAUGACAUCAGCCAACAGCUGCAGGACAAGAUUGAGGUGCUACCCAAUGUUGAGCGGGCAUUUGUGCACGUGGACCACGAAACGACGCAUGCACCUGAACACCGAAAAUACGUCUAA